UACCCAACCUAUUCAGAACGUUUGAGGUCACGAGACGAGAAAUCAGUCAGACGGAACGAUUGCUCGUCAGUCUCACUGCAUUCGCUCGCUAAGUUUACAGCGAAGUGGAAGAAAUGGGUUGCGCAGCGUCUAAAGGUGACAAAUCUGAAUCACACGGGAGGAAUGAGGUCAGCAGUUCGGAACCACCCAACUGGGAUAAGGAAGCUGAUCGACUGCGUGACUCCAUCCAAGGAUUGGGCACCGAUGAAAUUUCCAUAGUUAGAGUCUUGGCCAGAUUGACCAACAGACAGAGAAGGAAAUUGCUGAGAGUGUACAAGGAACGAUUUAAUGAGGAUUUAGCAACUGUGCUUGAAACAGAGCUGAGGGGGGCAGCUAAGACAGUGGUAGAUGCGUUACUGUACACACCUGAGAUGUACAAUGUCACUUCAUUAAAAGAAGCCUUUGAAAGCAAGGAUUACGAUACGGUUGUGUCCAUUAUAAUAUCAAGUAGAAAUGACAGUUUAAUGGACAUGAAGGAAAAGUAUUUUGCUGAGUUUAACAAGACAUUAGAAGAUGAUUUGUCCAAGAUACCAGACAAAGAUGUCAGGCAUAUUGUGAUGUCGUUACUUAGUGUCGAUCGAUCUUCUGCCAAGAAAAGAGCUGAUAAGGAAGCGGCAAGAAUAAGAGCCACCUUGUUGUUCAAUGAUGGUGACAUUCUGUCUCUGUUGUGCGAAAAAGUUGGCAGAAAUCAACUGAGGGAGACACUGGCUGCUUUUCUGGAGUUGCAUAGAAUCAAUAUUGGACAAUUUAUUGAAGAGAAAUGUUCAACUCUAUCGAAAAAAGCGCAAGACACCUUAAAAGAUUGUGUUUUAUUGAUUGAAAACCCUCCACAAUAUUUCGCAAAGGAAAUGGCAAAGGCUGACGAGCUCAAGAUAUUGAGAAUGAUGGUCUCUAGGUCUGAGAUAGACCUUUAUUACAUCAAGAAAGAGUUCCUCAGCAUCUACUCGAGACAACUCCAUGACACCAUUGACAAGCAGUGUCGCUUUGAUUACGCCAGACUGUUAAUAGUGAUACUGGAAUUACGUGGACAAUACAGUGAGUCAGCUAAGAAGAGAUGAUUUAUGGCAACGUAUCGCAUGUUGUAUCCCAGAGGUUUCGCUUCGUGUAGCCUCACUCAGAAUGAAACGAAGGAUCUGCAUGGUAAUAACGCCCUGUAGGACAGAAAUCGUCUCUAUCCAUGGGUAAAAACAUAUAUACCACAGAGAGGCUCGUCUUUCUAAGACAUUUUGGAUGGCGACAUUAUAAGUACUAAGAGAAGUUUGGUUGAGGCAGUUAAUUGUAUUGAUAUAUCAUGAAAUCUCUCUGCUGAAAAUCUCGCAUUAUGAAGAAAGGAACAAGUGAAAACAAAAGGAACACUGUUGAAAAGAGAAUUUCAAAAGACAAGCGCAAACUCUAACAAUAUUAUGAGACAAAAAAGAUAAAUAUAUUAAUAAAAAAAGUAAUUUUUUAACGAGCAGUUUGAUCUGUGUCGAUUGCUCAUACGCGAAAUUAAAAGGGGCUUUUUAGUUCGGUGAAAGAUCCAAUAUGAAGGAAAGUGGACGAAAAAUAACUGAAACAAGUUGACCUCAAACACAUAUAAGGCGGUUUACAAAUUCCACCGCAUGGCCUCCACUCACGCGCGCGUGCCAAAAAAGAGUUCUCUGGCUACAGAUCUAGAUAAGAAAAAAAAUUGGGAGGAAAAAGAUUGUUAUUCAAUAGCCCCGUUUUUGUGACAAGUUUCUAUUAUUUAAUUCAACAAUUUCACAAAUGCUAUGUACAAAGCUUUGGAGACUGACAUCCAACAAUAUUCUUGAAGGGCUAUGUUUUAAAAAUGUACAACAGUUAACACGACUACAAGGAAAUAAAUAGCUGGAUAAAUAUUAAGUACGUGUAAUAAAUAAAUAAAUAAAUAGACUGAAAUCCAACAACAUUCUUGAAGGGCUAUGUUUUAAAAAUGUACAACAGUAAACACGACUGCCAGGAAAUAAAUAGCUGGAUAAAUAUUAAAUACAUGUAAUAAAUAAAUAAAUAAAUAGGAAGUUAUCAAAUUUUUAUCUACAUAAGAUGUGAAAAUCUUCUAAAGCUGUUUUCACACGCUAUUCCAAAGUUAUAACAGGUUUUGCUAAAGAGUACCACAGGUUUAAAUUUACGACCUUAGACACUAUCGCCAUCAUAAAAGUAUCAUUUUUUCCCUAUUGGGCAAUUUGACGUUUAGCACUCGUUGUUAGCACAC